AUGCUCCUACCGAAUGAUCAUCUCUCCAAGCACAAUCGGCGGUGUCUAUCUACUUUUCUUCUCCUGUUUUUGCACCCUGAAGACGAUGACGCUUUUGAAGCUGUUUUCUGCACCUCUAUAUCAUCAAAAAGAACCAGAGCACGAAACCUUUGUAAGGCUAAGAAUCAUCCCAUCUGUUUAUUGAAGAUUACUUUGAGUGGGAGUCCUGGGUACCGAUCGCCUUUAGAAUCAUUCAUGCUAAAUUCAUCAAUUGGGAACCUUCUACAGAAUGGAUCGGUGCUUGUUGACAUCUCAUUGGUUGAUGAGAAAUUUACAGCUCAAGGCAAAGAAACAGAAGAACGCGAAAGAAAGAUGAAGCUAGUUGAUUUAAUUGUGGCAACACCUGGAAGAUUAGUUGAUUUACUUGAAAGGGAAAAAGUGUCAUUACAAAUGGUAAGGUAUUUAGCUCUUGAUGAAGCUGAUCAUAUGUCGGAUAUGGGAUUUGAGCCUCACAUAAGAAAAAUUGUGGAACAAACAGACAUGCCUCCACCUCCUGGAAGACAAACAAUGCUUUUCAGUGCCACUUUUCCUAGAGAAAUCCAAGAAAGGGAGUUGGCAUUGAGGUCAUUUAAGAGUCGGAAGACUCCAAUUCUUGUUGCUACUGACGUGGCAGCAUGUGGGUUGGAGGUGAUUGAUGUUGGCUCAAGGGUAGUUUGGUCAUUACCUGUUGCUAAAUCAUUCCAGCAAUACAGAAGCUUUAUAACGUUUGCAGCUGAAGGAAAUGCCUUCAAGGACAAUGUAGAGAAGCUGCCUCUUCAUAGAGAACUAUAUGAACUGAUUCGCUCAAGCUUCUUUGUGCCCUCUUUCAUAAACGCAUUCAUGGCUAAUGAUGAUGUCAGCAGAAAUCAAAGUAUCAGAAACCUAAUGUCUGAACUUGUUACAGGAGUUUUCACAUUCGAUAUGCUCCACCCAGAUUUCUGUGCAAAGAUGCUAGCUGAGGUUGAAAAUUACGAAAAGUGGAUUUUGGAAACAAAAUCAUCCACCAUUCGCCUAAACACCAUGAACAAAUAG